CACACACACAUUAAUAUAAAUAUAUAUUAACAUGGAGUUUAUGAGCGCAUUAGGUUCACAAGAGGACACUUAUCGUCCUUCCUUGUUUGAACUUGUUGCUCAGGAAAAAUUAAAAGAAUUAUUACAACCUGCUGUGCAAUACAUUUUAGCCAUUUAUGCUCAAAGAUACCCACGCUUAUUAUUAAAAAUUGUAAAUAAUCAUGAAGAAUUUUAUGCUUUGUUAAUGUUACUCAUAGAACGACAUUACUUGAAAGAAUGGGGAGGCUCAUUUGCAGAAAAUUUUUAUGGUUUAAAACGAGUAUCGAUAAAACAAAUCGAUAGUAUUAAACUUGCUUCGCAUGUCAAAUUACAAAAUUCUAUCCCCUUAAGCAACCGUGAAAUUAGUCAAUCACUUUUAGUACUUGUUGGUUUACCCUAUGUGAAGUGUCGACUUGAUUUAUUAUAUCAACAGAUAUCUGGCAGAUCCAUCUUGGGGGAUGAGCAAGAAGAGAUAGAGAAUGAACAGUUAAAUGAUCCUACUAUACUGAAGAAGCAAAAAAUGAUGAUUCGAUUAAAGAGACUAUUCAAAAGAGUCUAUCCGAUUCUUAAUUUUCUUUAUUACGGAUCAAAUUUAGCAUAUAAUAUUGCAUAUUUGUUUGGGAAAACGAGGUAUUAUACACCUUGGUUGCAUUUAUUAGGACUAGAAGUGAAGCGUAUGAGUAUGCAUGAUUAUCGUGCUCAUUAUGAUAAGUCGAGUAAUGGAUCAAUUAGUCAACAGCCAUUUUCACUAGUAUUGUUACCUAUGUCUAUAUUCUUUUUCAAAUUUCUGGAAUGGUGGUAUUCUUCUGAAUUCUCAAGAGGCGGAUCAAAACAUGGUCAAGAAGGUGAAAAUACGAUUCCACCUCCUGAAAAAAUUAAGCCCGAUUCACGAGGUGUAAAGGUGCCUAAUACGGCUAACACAUGUCCAUUAUGCCUUAUAAAUCCUAUCAAUAAUCCUACAGCAUUACCUUCUGGUUAUGUAUUUUGCUACACUUGUGCUUAUCAUUAUGUUGAAGAGUAUGGUAGAUGUCCUGUUACUUGGAUAAAAGUAAAUAAGGACGCUGAGAACUUGACAAAACUAUAUGCGGACGUUAUAUAAUUAAAACUAAAGAGAAAUGCCAUUUUUAAUUGGCCAAAGGCAAAUAAUUUAAC